GAGGUGUUACUGUUCUCGGGCGGUGUCCCACCUCCUCGGAACCUCAGCAGCCGAGAUGGACCACCAAUAGAUCGACUGGGACUCGCUGUGGUUGCUAGCUUCGCUGGCCCCCAGUCAUACCACAGCACGAUCACACUGCAGUGUGCUUGAAAAAAGAGCGGCAUGACAUCCUCGUCUUCCCCGUUGGAGGACCGACGAAAGCGGGGACGCCAAGACCUUGGCGCAGGCAAGACCGAAGACCUCUCGAGUUUACCCUCCACGGAACCAACCCGCGAAGCGAGGAUCGCCUGGAACGACGAUUUCCCGCGAAACUUCCUUGUGUGUGAGAAAAUAGGGGAAGGUUCUUUCGGGACGGUUUGGACUGCUCGCCGCCUCGAGGAAGAUGGCAAGCAACGCGGGCCUCACGACGGAGAGUCAAGGGGAGAAGAGGAGAGGGACCAGAAGCUUGUUGCGCUGAAGAGAAUCAAUCCGACGUGCUCGCCUUCGAGGAUCUUAAACGAAUUCAACCAGAUGCGGAGGCUAGGGGGAGGUGGCCACAACGUGAUCGAAGUGCAAGGAGUCGUUCGAACCCCCGGCGGCGUGUUCGCCCUGGUGAUGCCCUUCUUCGAACACGACGACUUCCGGCAGGUGAUGAAGACGCUCACCCUCUCCGGGGUUGCGAUGUACCUCAAGUCGCUCCUCACGGCCCUGGCGCACGUCCACUCCGAGGGAGUCAUCCACAGGGACGUCAAGCCCCGCAACUUCAUGUACAAUGCGAGGACUGGGCAAGGGUACCUCAUUGAUUUUGGCCUUGCCGAGCCAGCGGAGAAGUGGAGAAGCAGGUCGGCGGCCCUGGCCAAGCACAGGGACAGGAGGGCGGCGCGUGGCGGCAAACACAACCACGCCCAGCAGAGACAUUCCGUUCAGACCACAAUCCGCACGACCGGAGACCACGGGAAACGGCCCAGCAGCAGCAGCAACAGCAAUCGAAUAGCCCCGGGCACCACCGAGGUUAGCGCCAGCGGUCGAGCUGUUCCUGCUCUCGAUCGGGAAGAGGGGGAUCGUACGAAGCUGCUGAGGAAGGCGGAGAGGGGGGGUACAACCGGUUUUCGCGCCCCGGAGAUUCUGUGGCACUGCAGAGAUCAGGAGCCAGCUGUGGAUGUUUGGUCUGCGGGGGUUAUCCUGCUGUGCCUGCUAUCUCGCAGGUACCCCGUUUUCCCCUCCGCAGACACCGAUGAGAUGGCGCUGGUGCAGAUCGCACAGCUGCUGGGGGGCUCCGAAGAGCUCGUGAAGGCUGCCCGCGACAGUGGGAGGUGCCACAUCAUGGAGUUCCCUUCUUCGCAGCUACAGCAGCAGCGCGGCGGUGGCGGUUGUGGCAAUAGCCGCUGGGGCAGUGAUGGUGGUCGUGGUUCGCGAUUGGAAGAGUUGUGCGCCCCCUUACUGUGCGACGGUGCGGCGGCGGCGUGCAGCGAGAAGGAAGUGGACGCACGAGCGGACGCCUUUGAGCUGCUGAAGGGGAUGCUGAAGGUGGACCCGAGAGAGCGGCUGUCUGCCAAGGAUGCUCUCAUGCACCCUUUCGUGGCGGAAGCGUGACUGGCCUGACUGGCUGUUCGGAAGCCGAGAGACAAGCGGUCUCAUAGAUACUGUUCAGUGAGGGCCAAAUUAACCUUUGAGUCGAUUUCGCCUCUGAUCGCCCUUUGAGGUGACCGGCAACAUAUCUCCCCUACAUGUUGUGUGCAUGUGUUGAGCUCACCAUCUAGGCGCUUUCUUACUGUGCACGGUGCUUGCAGAGUAUCAUAAGGCACUGGCGCAGGUGCUCCAAAAUUUUGGAGGUGUUUUUGCUUAGAAUGUAUCGUCCCUUUCUUUUUUGUUGCCUCAGAAACGGCCCGUCAGCGACGGCUCUAUGCGAGUUGGCCAGUUUGACCCUCAUUGCGAUCGAUUUUUGUAGCACACGAGCCGAAGGAAAGGAUGGGACUUCGGAGGUAUGGCAUCCUAUGUAGCCAUCGGACGUACGUGAGGGUGGGAGGAGGGGAGGUUGUGGUCCCGCAGUUUUCGGCAUGUUUCAGAGAACCUUCUUGUUACUUCAGUGCAACGUUUUGAGGUUUCAAUCGCGGUUGUUUGUAAAUAAACAUGGUAGACACGAGAGGCGGUACUGG